GAACGCAGAAAAAGACCUGUGCGUCAAGAAAACUUCCCAAACUCAGCUCGAUAAACAUAUCCUUUGUAGAAAGAGAAGACAGAGUCCAGAGAGAGAGAGAAUGCCGCCUGGCAAGAAACCGACGUCGGCGAGGGCAAGUAAAUCGAAACAAUCAGACAUCGAAUUGAGUCUCGACGAUCAGAACAACACAGUUGUGUUGAAAUUGGAAAACAAAGAUCAAGAAUUGGAAACCCAACAAGAAGCUGAAUCAUCAUCUGAACCGAAGGUUAAAGAAGAAGACGAAGAGGCCGCCGCACAGCAAAUCAACAAAGAAAUUAUCACAAAUUCAAUGGAGGAGGUUGAGGGAACGGUGGUGGAUUCCAAGGAGGAGGCGACGAAUGUUGAAGCUGUAAUUGCAGAUCGCGUGAAUGUUGAGAGCGUUGAACAGAGUCGUGUUGUGAAGGAGGAAGGAGAGAGAAUGGAGGGUUUGGAUAAGAGUGAUGAUGCGAAUAUGGAAGAUGAUGAUGAUGCAAUUGAGGGGAAAACAGUGGAUGAUGAACAGAAACAGAAGGAGGGCAUAGAUGGUGUCCCAGUUGCAGAACAGCACUCAUCUGAAGAAGAAAUUGCUGCUGCUCAAAUUAAUGAUGCUGAGGCACUUGAGGACAAUAGCAAUGUUCUUGUUCUCAAUGAGGGUAGAGAUGGGGAAGGAGAGGGUGAGGGGGAUGGAAAGAAUGAGGAAGAUAACGAAAUUGAUGAACACCCUGCUGAAUUUAUCCAUAAUCACAUUACUGACAGGAAGAAAGAAAAGGAUUUGGAAAUUUUUAUUGGAAGACUGGAUAAAGAGGCUGUUGAGGAUGAUCUGAUCAAAGUCUUUGGAAAGUUUGGGGAAAUAAGAGAAGCUAAGAUAGUAAGGAAAUCAACUACAAAUAAGAGCAAAGGAUUUGCAUUUAUUCGAUAUGCAACUGUCGAGCAAGCCAAGAAUGCUCUUUCUGCAUCGAAGGACGGGAUUGAGGUGAGAGGCAAGCAUGUUAAAAUGUCGGCAAGUGAAGGCAAUGAUACGCUUUACAUGGGAAACAUUUGCAAAUCGUGGACAAAGGAGCGUGUACUAGGAGCAUUGAAAAGCUAUGGAAUUGAAAAUAUUGCGGAGAUGCAUUUGCCAGAUGAUCCCCGAAAAGGAGGAAAGAUCAAAGGUUUUGCUCUUUUGGAGUUCAGCACCCACUCGGAUGCAAUGGAAGCAAUUCAACGACUAAGAAAGCCAGAUGUUGUCUUUGGCCGUGAUAUAAGUGCUAAGGUUGCAUUUGCACAAACCCCAUUGCGUCCCAAUCAAGAUGUUUUGUCUGAGCUUAAAACAGUCUAUUUGGAAGGCCUAACUGAUGAUUGGAAUAAAGGGAAAGUAAAUGAACUUUGUAAACAGUACGGUGAGCUUGUGGAAAUUAAGUUAUCUCGGAAUAUAGGCACCAAAAGCAAAGAUUUUGGGUUUAUUACCUUCACUUCUCAAGAAGGUGCUCUGGCUUGUGUGGAGGGGAUCAAUAAUGCUCAUAUUGGAGAAGAAGUCAAGGUUAAAGCCAGCAUUGCAAAGCCUCAUUCAAAGGGUCAGCUUCAAAAGCAAGAUACUCAUGGGAGCUUCAAAGUGAAGGAAAAGGGAAUGGCCCCAUCAACAAAAGAAGAGAGUGAAAGAGAAAACAAAGCUGGAUCUUCAAAGAUGAAAGGACAUGCAAAGUCUAAACAGUCAAAAAGAAAGGGAAAGACAGUGGCUGAAGAUAAGGGGAAGACUAUUUCUGAGUCAGAAAUUGGUGGAGGAGGUAAGCCAAAGAAAUCCCGAACUGUCACUGAAGAUCAACCCAAGUUGGAAAGGAAAAAUCGCAAGAGAAAGAAUCUACAUUUAAAUGCCGAGGGUCGUGGAAAGAUAGGAGCUGAACAUGGUCAUAAUAAAAGGCCAUCAAAGAAACCACAAGGCAGCAAGGAAAAGGAAAGCAAAAAUUUCAGGAAGCCAAAGAGAGAUCCUUACAUUAGAAAAGGUCCAGAUUAUGGUGCAGAUUUCGCCAGGCAUAGAAAUUCAGAUGCACCGGGACCUGCUGUUAGUUACCAGAGUCAUGCCUAUAACACUGUGUAUGGAUAUAAAAGGCCCCAUGCAGAUAUGGAGCCACAUGCUGGAUAUAUUGAGCCCGUUGCUCAAAAGCGAGGCCGAACUUAUUCAGAGUACACUGAACCUCCUGUUAGAAUGCAGUAUAAACCUCAUGUGGAAUACCUUGAACAUUCUGUUGGGACACAAAGCCGACCUCAUAGAGGAUACCAUGAACCUCCUGUUGGAACACAUGGCAGGCCUCAUGGAGGAUUCCGUGAACCUGCUCUUGGAUUACACAGUCAACCUCACGCUGGAUACCUUGAACCUGCUGUUCGAAGACAAGGUCAAUCUCAUGCAGGAUAUUUUGAAUCUGCUGCUGGAAAACAUGGUCACAAUCCAUAUGCCCUUGCAUUGAGAAGUUGCCCUGUUGACAGAGCUGGUGAACAGGAUGGCCAUGGCAGUGGUCACUCUGCUUCUGUGGCAGGAUCUUCCCGUCUACCUCCUCCUGUUCCAAAUUACACAAGCUAUGCUGCAUAUGAGGGUGGUAGCAGUGUUGGUAGUUACUAUCAAGGCAGUAGAGUACAUCUACCUGCUGGGAGGGCAUACCACUGAGAAAUUACUGGAAUGAGAAUGAAAUAAAAGCACUUUAGGGUUUUUGGUGCUCGUUAUCGAGGCAAUGAAGCACACCUACCCCCAAAGCACAUCUGUUUUGUAAAGAUUAACUUGUUCAUUUUUUUUAAUCAUCUCCUGGUUAUAGAUUGUUUUGGACCGACUGCAUAUACAAUAUUCAGUCAGGAGUUGGGCAGUUUUAUGUUAUUACUACAAUUUGCAAGAGAUUUGCUUAUUUAGUAGUCCCUCACUUUUAAAACUAGUA